UCCGGGAGAUUUGCAAUGCGUGAAAUAUACAUAAACCACCCGAAUGUAUUUUUCUGUCUAUAGCACGUGUCUUCUUACGUUGGUGGGAGUCAAUUUCCGGAAACAGAGGCUUCUUGAGGCCCCAGAACAUGUUCCCGGGCUUCGGGAGGCGGAAGAGUGGUGCUUCGGGUCAGAAGGCGGAGGUUAGAGGGCCAAAUUGGCGGGAGAACGUUUUUUUUUUUUGGUCCAAGAUCUAAGGCAGAGGUGGCACUUCGAGGUCCAUUAUCCCGGGAGUAACAUGACGGUUCCUUCUCUUCUGGAAGCUGAUAGGACCGAAAUAUAGGCACCAAAGUGGUGACAGAAGAGAUCUCAGGAGAAAGCAUUCUGCCUUGUGCUUGGGACAGCUGCUGGGCCCACCAUGGCUCCAGUGAAGAUUAGCCAUGUGGUGUCAUUUUCCUCUCAGGAUCCCAAAUAUCCGGUGGAGAAUUUGCUGAACCCAGACAGUCAGAGGGGACCGUGGCUCAGCUGUCCUCAGGACAAGAGCAGGCAGCUGAAAGUGGAGCUGCAGCUGGAGAGGGCAGUGCCCAUUGGCUACAUCGACGUGGGUAACUGUGGUUGUGCCUUCCUGCAAAUUGACGUGGGUCGUUCCUCCUGGUCCCUGGACAGACCUUUCGUCACCCUGCUCCCUGCAACCAUGCUGAUGUCCCUGGCUGAUUCAAAGCAGGGAAAAAACCGCUCAGGGGUCCGCAUGUUUAAAAAUGGCGAUUUCCUGGCCCCAGCCUCAGGUGAGUCAUGGGAUCGACUUCGCCUGACCUGCUCCCAACCCUUCACACAUCAUCAGCCCUUUGGCCUGGCCUUCCUGCGGGUGUGUUCCUCUCUGGACUCCUUAGACGACCCUGUGGAGGGUCCCUCGGUCCCUGUGAGCUCGGGGCUGAGCCAGAGCUCUUCUGAUGCUCAAGAGUCUGAUCCCAGCCCCUGGCUGGCUAAUCCUUCCAUCCGGAGGACAUUCUUCCCAGAUCCCCAAACGACCACCAGGGAAAUCUCCGAGCUCAGGAAUAUCCUAAAGCAGCUGCAGCCAGGGACUCUGGGGCGUUCAGCCUGCAUGGUGCUUUCAGCCGCCCACAGGGCACCUCCAGCCCGUGUGGCAGACCCUAAAACCACCCAUGCAGAACCAGGUCCCAGUCAUCAGGACAGCGCAGAGACCAGAUCAGAGGAGCAGAACAUAGAGAAGGACGUGAGCAGGACAAAGAGGAGGAAAGUAGGAGCCCGCAGGCCUGUAUCCAACUCAAACUCUCGGCCAAACCAGCGGAGGCUAGCAAAGGCAGGCCAGAGAGAACACCUGCGGCCCCAGGCCCGAAGCAGCAGAGUCCAGGAGAGUGGGUGGUGCCCCAUUUGUGCAGGCUCCUUCAGCAUGGACAUGCUUCCCCAGCACGCUGCCACUUGUGGAGGGGCCUCCCCGCCUCCCCCAGCCUCUCCCACCUCAUCACCAUCUUCAUCUCCACACGUACUGUGGGUUUCCUCCCCAGAGAGCUCGCCACCAAUUUCCUGGGUCCAGUGUCCUAUCUGCGAGUUGCCAUUCUCGGCAGGAGAAAUAGAAGAACAUGCCAGUACGUGCGGGGAGGUCCUUUAGGCCUGAGCCAUGAAGUCCUGCAGCCUUGGCCCCCCUCCACCGUCUAUGACAGAAAUGGACGAGGGGCUCUCUUAACAGUUGGGAGGGGCUGACGAGGCCAGGCCGCCCCCUGUCCUCCCCACCACUCAUUCCCUUAGGACUCUCCACCUGAGGGCACCUCUGGGCCCAGCCUGCUCCCCACUCCCAGUCGUCAAGGCUUCUGUCACCAUGGCGCCCUACUCUCCCAAGGACAGCUCCAUGUGUCUCUUCUUUGGGACUUCUGGGAUAGAAUUGGUGAGCUCUCAAGGGCUUCAGGACACAAUCCAGAACAUCUUCCCCUCAGUGAGUGAUGUGUAUCCUCAUGCCCAUUUUCUUGAGAGAAAAACUGAGGUCCAAUGAAAAGAAAAGCCCCGCCCAACAGAUAAGAUCCUGUGGUGUCCUGGGAAAAGUGAGUGAUUUUUGAGUAUAAGACUGACCUUCAAAAAAAAAAAAAAAAAAAAAAGACUGACCUUCAGUGCCCCAUGAACUGCACUCUUAGUGUCCUUUGGGACUUUCCUCCUUAGGAUAAUCAGGUAACAGUGUUGCUGUGUGACUUUAAGCAAGUUAUUUAUCUUGGGUCCAGAGUUAACCCUCAGUAACAGAAAAAAAAAAUUCCCAUCCUCCUGUUGAGUUUUAUGGGAAUCAGACAGACUAAACACUGAGGAGUGGCUGGCUGUAGAACCUUGGGCGAGUUCCAGGCCACAUUUGCACAUUGGGGCAGUUGGACCAGAAGGUCACUAUGGUCCCUUCCACCUGUGGUUUUCUAAAAUAUAUUCCUGCCAUUUUUGA